AUGGGAUUCGCUGCUCGAAAAGUUGCUUCGACAAGAACUUUCUUUUUUUCUCUGAAUAUGGAAAUGGAAGUUGUUUUGGGAAUCGGAGAGGAGGCAAGACCUAAAGCUUGUACUUCAGAAAUUGGAUCAGCUAAACGACAAGACGGCUCAGGUGAGGAUUCUACUCAAGAGAACGGUGUUAGGGUUUCCGAAAACGGUGCUGGUGAUGACGACGACAACAAAUCGAAGGACAACGUUGUUGUGGAGACGGAGAACUUAAAUGGUUCAGGAGUUGUUGAAGAUCGUGUGAUGAAUGGAGUUUCGUCUUUGCUAAAACUGAAGCAGGAUGUUAAUAAGGAUGAUAAUCUUCAAGAGGAAAAGGAGAUUGCUGGAGACGAAGCUAAAGCUGAAGAAGAUGAAGAAGGAGAAGAGGAAGAGCAUGGUUACAAUGUAGGAGAUUUCGUGUGGGGCAAAAUCAAGAACCAUCCAUGGUGGCCAGGUCAGAUUUAUGAUCCGUCAGAAGCUUCAGAUUUGGCCUUGAAGAUAAAGCAAAAGGGAAAGCUGCUUGUUGCAUAUUUUGGAGACUGUUCAUUCGCUUGGUGCGGUCCAUCGCAAUUGAAACCUUUUGCAGAGAGUUUCAAAGAUUGUUCAAACGUAAGCAAUUCGAGAGGGUUCCUAAGUGCAGUGGAAGAAGCGGUAGAAGAAAUGGGUAGACACGUUGAGCGUUUGCUGUUAUGUGAUUGUGGUGAAGAGGAGGAGAAGGAGAAGCUCGAUAACCGGAAAGUUAAGAACGCCGGGAUCAAAGAAGGCGUUGCUGUUCGUGAUGUGAGAAGAGAGAUGAUCUCGUCUUUGCUUGUUGGAAAACCUGAAGGGAUUCUUGAAGAUGUUAAGGGCUUUGCAGAGUCUGCUAGUUUUAGCGGGUUGCUUGAGCUGGAGAUCCUGAAAAGGAAAGUAUCUGCGUUUUACCGGUCUAAAAGAGGAUAUGGUUUGACCGAGUAUCAUGAGCCACAGUCAGUUCCAGGACUUGAAGACAAGAAUGAUGAUGAUGAUGAUGAUGACGAUGAUGAAGAUGAAGAAGAGAAGAUUGAUGAUGGGAUUAAACGUUUGAGCAAAGGUAAAGAAGAAGAAGAAGAAGGAGCGUUGGGUCCUCAAGGGUCUCUUCAGAGAUCGUUAGAGAAGUGUUCUGGGUUUCCUGAUCAUAGGCUGCAACACAGAAGGAAGCAGAAGAGCAUUGCUGAAAUAUUGGAAAAUGAGUCUGGUGCUAAGGUGAGAUUUGAGACAGAGGCGGAGGAUGGAAAUGUGAAGUCGAGUAGGAGAAAGGUAAAACGCCAUGAUGAAGUUAAUGGCGAGCUUGCAACUGUGUCUACCACUAAACCGAGGAGGAGAAGAAUGAGUGAAGUUUCUACGGUUGAAGACGACGGUGGUGGAAACCAAGUGGAAGAAAAUAGUGAAGGCAAAACUGUUUCAAGGAAGAGGAAGAAAAAGGAUGAGGAUGAUGAUGGGAGUGGAGACAGAGAAGAGAGUGAGAAGGAGAAUUUGGAUGAUGAAACGGAUAAUGAUUCAACUCCGUUAGCUUCACUGCGAAAAAAGGUCAGGUUUGCUGCUUCAAGUGCUGGUGAUGGCGAGAUAUCCGUACAAACAACAAAGAGAGAGAGGAAGAAGAGCAAGUAUCUUUCGCCUGAGUACUUGUCAGAUUUUUCAUCUAAAAGGAAAAAAAAGAGCAAUAUCGAACCUGAAUCUCCCAAAGUUUUAACUCAGAGCCAAGAGAGCCAAGUAGAAGAGCAAAUGACCAAUGCUAGUGAUAGCCUCGUGGCAGUGGAAGUGGAAGAGGAGGAUAAGGUGGAUUCACCUUCGUUAUUGGAGAAUGGUAUAGGUCAUCAAGAACUGUCAGAGGAACUUAGUAACGCCGUCGAUUUUCUGAGAUUGGGAGCUACACCAGAGGAGAUUCGGGAUCUAAUUCGUGUAUCGGCUCUUGGUACACAAUAUCCAAAAGACAGUAGCUCAGAAGACAUGGUAAGAGAGUUCAUGUCCAUCUACAGAAGCUUCACAUAUCAUGAAGGUGCCAAUAGGAAGUUCUUAGGGAGUUAUAAAAGUUCAGAAACAGACAAGGAAGAACUGAAUGGGACGGGCAAAGCUGAGACUAGUGGAAAAGAGAGUAGAAAAUAUAAGAAGCGUAAAGCAAAGGAGCAAACAGAGGAGGUUGAGCAAAUUGGAAAAGAAGAGAAUGAGACAGACAAGAAAGAGAGGAAGCCGAAAUCAAAGAAGCAAGCGGGUGAAGAAGAAGAAACUCGCAAAGAGUCGAGUGAGACAGCAAAGAAAGAGAGAAAGCGUAAGAAGCCUGAAUCAAAGAAACAAACGGAUGAGGAAGAAGAAACGUUGAAAGAGUCAAUUGAGUCAACGAAGAAAGAGAGAAAAAAGCGUAAGAAGUCUGAAUCAAAGAAGUUAGCGGAUGAGGAAGAAGAAACUGUGAAAGAGUCGAAAGAGUCGAAAGAGUCAAAGAAGAAGGAGAGAAAAGCUAAGAAGCGUAAAGAUGAGGAAGAGGAACUGCGGAAUGAGACUGAGAAAUCCGAGAAGAAGGAGAAGAAGAAAAGAGAGGGAAAGUCGAAGAAGCAGGAAGUGGAUAAGAGAAAGAUAGAAACUGAGAAGGAAUUUUCAGGAGCUGAGCUUCUUGUUACAUUUGGUCCUGGUUCGAGUUUGCCUAAGAAGGAAGAUCUGAUCGAAACUUAUAAAAAGUUUGGAGCUUUGGAUGAAGAGAGAACUGAUAUGUUCGACACUAACUUCUACGCCCGUGUUACCUUCUUGAACAUAGCUGAUGGAGAAAGAGCCUUUGAAUCCUCACAAGAGAAAUGCCCAUUUACUUCUACUUCCACAGUUAAAUUCAGACUCAAGUAUCCUAAUGAGAGAACAGAGGAGAAGAAAGCUGAAGCUGAAAUUGCAGAGACGACAAUGGAUAUGGAAUACGUGAAGAAGAAGCUGGAGGAGAUGCGAUCAUUAGUUGAUGGAGUAAUGACUGAAGAAGCGAAAGUGAAACUUGAAGAUGAGAUGGUGAAUCUGCUGGAGAAAGUAAGGAGUAUGAGAUCAUCUUAGGAUUAUGUUUUUAUGUUUUUUUUUGUUGGUUGAGAAUUCUCUGGAGACCUUUACAGGUUUUAGGAUAUUUAUGUUUUCUGCAAAACAAACAAAAACUAUUAUCUGGAGUUGAUGAUACUAUGAUCUUUUCAUAGGUUAUAAUUAGUUUGAUGUCUUUGUCUGUCUCUCUACUCUCUAGACUUUCAAAUUUACCGAAUUUGAGACUUAACCAUUCUUUGAAGUUGACGAUACUAUGAUCUUGUCAUAGGUUAGAAUUAGAUUGAUGUCUUUGUCUGUCUCUCUACUCUCUAGACUUUCAAAAUUACCGAAUUUGAGACUUAAGUAAACCAUUCUUUGAAG